AUGGCUUCAGUUAGCAUCGUUCCUAGCAUGCCGCCCUUCGACCCAGAUGCAGAGAUUGGUGCUUCGGUAGGCCCGAGAUGGAAAGUGUGGCUGCAAGAUUUUGAAACAUUUCUAGUAGCAAAUGAUAUCACUGACAAUAAACGUAAACGAGCUUUACUCCUCUAUCAAGCUGGCUCAAGAGUGAGGGAAAUAUUUCGCCAAUUAUCCGAUACAGACGCUGCUGAUGCAUACCAAACUGCCGUAACCAAACUCACUGCCUACUUCGAGCCCCAAACGAACAGGCUUUAUGAAGUCUACAAAUUUAGGCAGGCCGUACAACAACCAAAUGAGACGUUGGAUCAAUUUCACGUUCGACUUCGUCAUUUGGCACAAACUUGUGAGUUUUCUGAUUUUGAAAUACAGCUCCAAAUCGUAAUCGGAGGCAAAUCCACAAGUUUGCGUAAACAAGCUCUCAAAGAUCCUAAAUACACCCUUAAAGAUAUGUUACUGGACGGCCGCAGAGCGGGAAUUAGUACUUUUCAAACGGCAGAUAUCGAGGGUAAACAGUCAAGGGACAAUUUACAAGUUAUCAAACAGAAAAAGAGUUUCAGUAAACAACAAACUUCAGCACGAAAAUGUAGAAAUUGUGGUGGCAAUUAUCCACACAAAUCGAAGCCAUGCCCUGCAAAAGGUCAAAACUGUCAUCGCUGCGGAAAGCAAAAUCACUUCGCUAAGUUCUGUCUGAGCAAACAAGACACCCGCCAGUCUUCAUUUACCACGUCUAAAUCGAAAAUUCACCCGGUGUGCAAGUCAACAGAUUCCGACAGCGAAUCCAGCUCAUCAAACUAUUGUUAUGCAAUAGGGGGUUCAAGUCAAAAACCCUUAGAAACCCGGCUUAAAAUCAAAGGACAACGCAUCCCCUUCCUAGUGGACACUAGUGCGUCUAUCAAUAUCAUUGAUAAUGCAACUUUUAGUCAACUCAAGGGUAUUUCAUUACAACCCACAAACAUAAAAGCCUAUGCCUACAACUCGCAAACGCCCGUGAAAAUGAAGGGCAAAUUUGAAUCAUUGGUGGAAACAAAGAAACGUUAUGCCGUCGCAAAGUUCUAUGUCACGGAAGACAAUGGAGGCUGUUUACUUAACGCAUCAACGGCCCAAGACCUUGGCUUAAUUAGCUUGCAUUUAAACCAAGUUCACCCACCAACUGGAAACAUACAAAAUAAAGAUCUGAAUGAUAUCGUUAAUCAAUAUCCAGAUGUUUUCAAAGGCCUUGGUAAAAUGAAAGGAAAACAAAUUGACUUAGUAAUCGAUUCAAAAGUCAAACCAAUCGCACAAAAGUGCAGGAGAAUUCCCUUUCAUCUUCGAAAGAAAGUCGAGAGCGAGAUUUCCAAACUAUUAGAUCAGGACAUAAUUGAGCGCGUUCCGGAGAAUGAACAAACUGAUUGGGUUCACCGGUAUAACACGUUCUAA